AUGCUCGACAAUAACGCCCUUGGUGGCUCUACGCCCGCCGGCAGACACGCCCUUGCAGAUACCGACAUCAGCGCCGACCCCAUAAUGGCAUACACUCUAUCGCUGCUACUGUUGAGACCGGCACCGGUGAAGGUCGUGCUGAGGAACGCGUACGCCACACGCCACUGCGACGGCGUGCGACUCUGCAGCACUGGAUUGGCGGCAGAACUCGUAAAAGCAAACGCGGUGGACGCGUCGUCAGUCACCUCUUUUGGAAGCACCGGAACGUAUGCGUCGCCAUCGCCGUGA